CGCUAUGUUAUCUUUAUUACAGAUUAAUAUUCGUCACUUAGGGAUUGCAAUAGGUAAACUUCACCUUGGACUACAAACUUUCUAUUAAGCACUUCAACAUCAUAUGAAAUCUUGAAAGCUUUGUGAAUUUCAACUUUCUAGUAGGUAUAGUUGAAGUUCCCUAUAUCAACUACAACAAGAUGGUUGGAAUCAUUGAUCAAACAAGCAAGUUUAUUAAAAAAAAUUGUAAAAAGUAAAGCUUUCCAUUGUCAUUGCCAUCAAAUUCUUAUGUCAAAAUGACACAAAAUCCAAAAAGCUGUGCUUUAGGUAAUAAUACCGAUUCGGAACUUGUUUUGAACGAUUUAGACGAGGAAACCACCAAUUCACAAGACAUUAUUAUAACUAAUGAGAAACUUAAAACUGAAAACCUUGGAAAAACACCCGAGAUAAAGGCUGCGAGCAAAAUUGAAGUUAUAAAGUUAGAAGUGGAACAUAUCAAGGAGGAAUUACUAUCGAUUGAUAAAGAAGCUCUUCAAAACGACUUUAAAAAGUACGAAGAAAUUUUAAUUUUAAAAACCAUAGAACUGGACGAUAUAGAAUCUCAUGGUGUGGAAGAAGUGAGAGAAAUGAGAAAAGAUGCGAUACAAUUUGUGCAAGAAUGUUUGAAGUUAUUGGACGAAUUAAUUGAGGAAUAAACUAUUGAAACUGUUAAUGAAGUUGAGGAUAAUGUAUAAAUGCAAUUUAGAAAAACAAGUUGAAAUUUCAUUCUGUCUUAAUAUACAGUGUAUCUAAAACUAUUCGAGCUAUUAACUUGCACGGAUUUAUAGAGAAUUUAAUGCUC